ACCAUUUGAAUUUAUCUUUUUUUCUUCAAGGAAAAUUGAUUUAUUAUCGCAUUUCGCUAUCUCUAUCUCUAUUUUAUUUCUCUUUCUCUUUCUCGCAUAUCCAUAUUCAUCCUUCCUCUCAAAAUUUCCUAGUGACAGCCAUCUUUGAACUAUCGAACGUCAUCUGAGCCAUAGCCACACCCCUCAACGCCUCACUUAAUAUUUGCCUAUGAUAGAUACGAUUACCUGCCCAAUACACACAUCAAACCACCUUUACUGUCAAUCCAACAAACAACCUCCAGCCAUACCUACCUGGCUCUUUCGGAUAUCUGGAUUCAAUUCAAUCUUCAUCAGUCAACUCAUAAAUCCAUUAAAACUAUAAAAAUGUCAGACGAGACAUCCACUGCGCCCGAGGGCGAUUCUCAGAUCACCUUCAAGGUCAAGACAUCCUCUGAUGGAAAUCACACAAUCACCAUGGCAGAGACCGCAACAGUUCUUGAUCUUAAGACAAAGCUAGCUGGAGAUGAUUACGAAAAGAUUCCGGUAGAUCGUCAACGAUUAAUCUACUCCGGUCGCGUUAUGAAGAAUGAGGAACCUUUAAGCACUUAUAAGAUUAAGCCUAACAAUACGAUACAUAUGGUCAAGAGCGCACAAAGCAACGUUGCGAAUGCUGCUGCCAAUGCUGCAACUGGCGCUGCAGCAAGUCUCCCAACUAACAUGGCUGCCGGAACUGCGAAUAAUCCUCUUGCUGGUUUGACCGGUGCUCGGUAUGCAGGCCAUAUGGGUCUUCCAGGUGCUGAAAUGUUCGGCGCAGAUGGUGGUAUGGGUGCGCCACCAAGUGAAGAUGCGCUCGCUCAAAUGAUGGACGAUCCCAAUAUUCGUCAAACAAUGAACGAAGCUCUUAACAACCCGGACCUUGUCAACAUGAUGAUCCAAAAUACUCCAAUGCUCAGAGAUAUGCCCAACGCGCGCGAGAUAUUACAAUCACCUAUGUUCAGAAACAUGCUUACGGAUCCGAACUCCAUUCGACAAGCUGCUGCGAUGAGAAGACAAAUGGGGGGUGGAGGGGCUGGCGGUUUUCCCGCGCCGGGCGUCACUGAUACUACACCCGCUGGAGCAGCAGGGAGCACACCAGGAAGUGGCCAACCCAGCGCACCACCUUUCAAUAUGUUUGGAAUGCCUGCUGCAGGAGGUGCUAAUAAUCCAUUCGCAUCAUUGUUCGGUGGACCAGGAGCAGCAGCCGCGGGUCAUACUCCAGCCCAAACUCCUCCACCUCCCGCUUCUGCUGGGGGAACCCCAUCAACUGGUACUGAUGCUAAUCCACCGAACCCCUUUGCUUCGCUGUUUGGGGGAGCAGGUGCUGGAGCAGGAGCCGGAGCAGCUGGAGCGGGAUUCAACCCCUUUCAAGGAAUGCCACAACCUACACCUGAACAAUUACAACAAGCAAUGCAAAUGAUGCAAAAUGGAACAUUCGGUGAUAUGUUUGGUCCUGGUGGAUUUGGCGGUAUGGGCGGAAUGGGUGGUGCUGCCCCAAGUGCACCUGCAGCUCCAGCAGACACCAGGCCACCUGAAGAAGUCUACGCAGAUCAACUCAGGCAAUUAAACGAUAUGGGAUUCUUCGACUUUGACAGAAAUGUGGCGGCUUUAAGAAGAAGUGGAGGAAGUGUUCAGGGAGCCAUUGAACAAUUGUUGAGCUAGAUUUCUGGGUUUUUUCUUGCUUUUUAAAUGUUUCUUUGGGCGGAGUGGCAAAGUGUCGAUAUCACGGAUAAACGAAUUUAUGGAGAAUCCUCCCGAAGAUUGAUUCACUCUUCUCACAUUUUCAUGAAUAAUUUUUAUUUCCAAGAUUUGCUUGCGUUGCUGAACCGGGUUGAACUAAGCUAAGCGCCUUACAUCGGGUGUUGGGAGUCAAUUAAUCAGUUAUGAAUACCUAUUUUGAGAUAAUGUGAGUUAUCAUAUGUGACUGGUGUGCUGUAUUCAGCUGUGCAGAUGAAGUAUGGAAGUAUGGAAUUGUGAUAUAUGUGGAGCAUUUUAGCAACGUGGGAGAAAUUCGACGGGUGUUUGUAUGGUUGGACAAGUUUUCUAUGUUUACAUUCGCCUAGACGAGGAAGAUGUUUUAUUUGUUCGUCUGGAUUUUCUUCCCGAUACUUUGCACGUCAGGCUUAGACAUGUGAAGUCCCUUGGCGAGUGAUUAAUAGGAUGAUUCGAGAGGAUUCUUCUGAAUCUACUAUAGAGCCUAGAGUGGUAGGAAGAGAUAUGAGAUAGGUUUGAGCAUUACGAGUAGGUAUCUAGGUAAUCAUACUUGAGAGCCUAGGAACUCAUUUCGAUCUGCUCUCAGCUAUUUACUUUUGGCGUGUGAGUGACGUGUAAUUGCGGGCUUGUGCAUAAGCCACGGGAUAUGGCAUAUGCUUUUGAGGCAGUGCAUUGGGUGGUGAUUGUGGAUGGGGAGGAUUAUGCAUGUGAGUGUGAUUUGUUGGGUCGGGAUCUGAGAUGGGAGAUGGUAUAUGGGAGUUGGGAGUUGGGAUUUUGUUUGCCAGGAACAGAAAAUGGGGAAGUUUAAGCUGGGGUGAGUUGGGCUGAGUAAGGAGGGAUGUUUGAAAGUGUGAGUGAUGCUUUUUCCAGAGUUGAGGUGUUAGAGGAGAGAAAGGGAGAGAGUGGAAGAGGAAGGGGAAGAGGAAAAGGGACAGGCAGAAGAAGUCAAGUUGAGAUAACACUAGGUAAAUGAUGUCUACUUUCUUGGAUUGAGAAUCGAAUUAUUCCAUGUCUUUAUAGAUUGGCGAGCUCAAAAACUAGAGAUUACUUAAUGGCUAUGUUUAUUGGAUGUUGCUAGGUGAAAAUGACACAUGUAUCUUUUGAUGAUAUAUUGAACCUCUGGAUUGAUAUAUUACAAUCUAUGAGAGUGAUUUAGUGAAAUGACUAGAAGAAGUAGAAUGGUUUAUGGGUGCAAAGAUACCUGUGCAGGAUUUUCCCACGAAGGGAAUCAUUAUUCAGAAAUUCGUUUGCACUUGACGGGCUGAAUAGAUGAUUUACUUCUAGUUAGAUCAAGUCUCACUGC